AUGGCUACUGGGAGUGGGAAAGAAGUUCUUCCACCAGCUCUUACUUCUAAUUCAGACCCACCUCCAGUUUUUGAUGGAACAUCAAGGUUGUAUAUAUCGUACACAUGUCCUUAUGCACAGCGUGUGUGGAUUACCCGGAAUUGCAAGGGACUUCAGGACAAGAUAAAAUUGGUUCCCAUUGAUCUACGCGAUAGGCCUGCUUGGUACAAGGAGAAAGUGUAUCCUACCAACAAGGUUAAGCUGGGUGACGAUCCCAAUUAUUGGUAUUGUCUUCUUCCUGGAUUGUUUAUACAAAAUUCUUAUGCAGACUGUGAACCACAGGAUCCUGCAAAGAAAGAAUUUGCAGAGGAGUUGUUUUCCUACACAGGUUCGUUCAGCAAAGCCAUAAAUUCAACACUCAAAGGAGAAGCAGAUGAAGCUGGUGCUGCAUUUGAUUAUAUUGAAACGGCUCUUUCCAAAUUUGAAGAUGGACCCUUUUUCCUUGGCCAGUUCAGUCUGGCGGAUAUCUCUUAUGCUCCAUUUAUCGAAAGAUUUCGGCCUACAUUGUUAGAAUUUAAGAAGUAUGAUAUCACUGCAGGAAGGCCUAAACUAGCUGCUUGGAUGGAGGAGAUGAACAAAAUGGAGGCUUACAACCAAACCAGGCGCGAUCCAAAGCAGCAUGUUGAAACCUACAGGAAACGCUAUGCAGUCCGUCUCAUCUCUGAAACUUUGGCAUUCCAUGUCCAUCAUAAAACAAAAUUAUUAAGCCCAGAUUUUCGGGUAAUAGCUCCAGGAUUUCUUAAUCAUGUGGCGGACCGCAUCUCAUAUGAGAAGACAACGCCUAGUGUUUCUAUAUUUUUGUUUUGA